AUGGCUUUAGCAAUGAAAAUGUCUUGUUUUAGACUGUUGGCAUUAAGUGUGCUCUUUGCUGGGAUUUACGGACAGACUUACACCCUCAGUGUUGUGGAAGAGAAACCGAAGGGCACAUUGGUUGGCAGCAUUCAGAAUGACCCCCAGUUCGUUAAGUCACUGGCCUCCGUAAACAGAACCGCUCUCAAGUUUAUGUUUUUUGGCCAGAGAAAUCCUUGGAUUAAUAGUUUCCGAAUGGAGGAGGUGUCAGGAAUAAUUUACACGACGGAAAUUUUGGAUCGGGAAAUUAUAUGCCCUGAUCUGCCAUCAGAAUGUUUUCAGGAUUUCGAUGUGGCUGUUCACUCCGAUGCCAUUUUCAAAAUUCUCAAGUUAAAAAUUGUAAUAGAAGACAUUAAUGACAAUGCCCCAGAAUUCCCUAAGGCGGAAGUGACGGUUAACAUACCGGAGUCAGCGCCUAUCGGUUUUAAAGUACCCAUCAGAGGAGCCACUGACAAAGACACCGGUAAGUCUCAUGGUGUCGAAAAGUACGAGAUUUUCCCAGCGGACGGUCAAUUCACUGUCAGUGUAAUCGAAAACUUGGACGGCUCACCUGAAGUGGGAAUUGUGGUUGGCCGGACGCUGGACAGAGAGCUCAUGUCAUCUCACUCGGUGGAAAUUCUGGCUAAAGAUGGCGGUGUUCCUCCGAGGACAGGAACCGUUAAGGUGACAAUUCUGGUGACAGACGCAAAUGACCAUUCUCCCACGUUUAGCCGGACUGUGUACAACAUCAGCGUUCUGGAAAACCUCCCCGUGAACACCAGUAUCAUCCAGGUGAAAGCCACAGACAGAGAUACCGGAGUAAACGGCAAAAUCAGUUACCGAUUCAGUACCCGAACCGCGGCAAAAUUUUCAGAUGUAUUCCAGAUAAAUACCGCUUCGGGUGAGAUUCGUGUGGUUGGCGUGGUGGAUUAUGAGACGGAGCAGCAGUACCGCCUGGUGGUGGAAGCAGCGGAUAUGGGGGUGCAACCCCGCACAGCGCAGGCUCUUGUGCUAGUGAACCUCACUGACACCAACGACAAUACACCAAGCUUGAAGUACAAUUUCUUACCAAGAGGUGACCACGCCAUAAUUUCUGAAAACGCGAAUAUUAACGACUUUGUGGCCCACAUAUCAGCCCUGGACAGAGACAAUGGCCAGAACGCUGAGGUCAACUGUACUAUUGGUAACCCUGAGUUUAAGCUUGAGAGGCUGUAUGACAAUGAGUUUCAGGUGAACCUGGGCGUGAAACUUAACCGCGAAACCAUAUCGGAAUAUAAUGUGACCAUACUGUGCAACGAUAGAGGGAAACCCUCGCUUACCGUGGCAGGCCAUUUUCUUGUGAUUGUGGCAGACGAAAACGAUAAUUCACCCGAGUUCAAACUAUCCUCAUAUGUGAUAACCCUCAAGGAAAACACCUCUGUUGGGGAAGGAGUCCUUCACCUAAAUGCUACUGAUGACGAUAUAGGUAAAAACGGUAAAGUCUCCUACGAACUCUAUGGAAACGACAGUUCAUUUUUCAAAAUAGACAAUGUGUCUGGUAUGUUGUCUCUAAGACAGAAAUUGGACUACGAGAACACAUCGGAGAUAUCAUUCACGGUGAUGGCCAGUGACGCUGGGAUACCGCCUCGCCAUACUAACGCCACGGUGGCCGUCAUGAUUGUAGACGUUAACGACGAGCGGCCGAAAUUUAACCAAACGUUUUACCGGUUUAGUGUUUUGGAGAACAGCCCACUUGGCACCGUGAUAGGUAGUGUGGUAGCUUCUGACCCUGAUUUGGGUUUAGGAGGCAAGGUUUCCUAUACAAUAAGCGAUACGCCUGAAUCCACAGGGAUGUUUGCUGUAUCCUCUGAAGACGGCCUGAUUACCACAGCGAAGAACAUUGACAGAGAAAAGAGCCCUAUGGUUCGCUUCUUCGUCGUUGCCACAGACAAGGGAGAUAACCCUUUGACGUCCACCGUCGGAGUGGCAGUUGAAAUCCUGGAUGUUAAUGAUAACUCACCUAUGGUGCAACUUCCUUAUGUUGCUAACAGCUCAGUUAUUGUCUACUCCAACCAGCCACCACAGACGCCAUUCGUGAAACUCGUCGCUGAGGAUCCGGAUGCUGGCGAGAAUGGGACGCUAACAUUCGCCAUUGAGGCUGGUGAUCCUAAAUCUCUCUUCGGGAUGAACGCGCAAAGUGGAGAAAUCUUUCUUAGACUGAACAGUUCUUCCAAAGACUCGAUAAUUUCUCAAGAAUCUGCCAGCCUUUUGGUAUCAGUCAAAGACCACGGCUCACCACAGCGAGUCACUCUGAAGCGGUUCAACGUAACUGUGUUGCCCACGAACGUCUCCGGCUCCGUGACACCGGUCUCAGACGGAUUACCAAACAACUUCAUCAUCGUUAUUGCCGUUAUUUGUGCCACCACGUUCCUUUCUGUCAUCAUUAUCAUCACCAUAUUCAUCAUCAGACGCCAGAACCGGAGAGACCCGUCCGCGGGAUUUACUGGCAAAACACAGCCAGAUAAGGCUAAAGUGAAUGUUAACGUUGACGGCAAAUCAGGAACACACUCUACAAAUCCUAACCAAACCAAUGGAAAAACCAAAAAGGGAGUUAACUUUGUGUUUCAAAACGAGCAAGGCCUUUUAUCUGGAGAAUCGACAACUGACCCUCCAUCCAAGAUGGCGGGCAACAAACAACGACCGUCCCAUGACGUCGUCAGACAGCCUGCGUCACUAACGGGUGAUGAUGAAACCAGUAACGUAUCGGGAGAGACAGUGACGAGUGAUAGUGGGCGAGGCGGAAGUGAGGAAGAUGCGCACAGCAGACGCCAUUAUCCUAUGGAUGAGCAAGAAUGCUUGACGAAGAAUUCGAGUGAUUGUGGUUUGGAAGGUGAAUACGUGGACAUGCAGAGGUCGCCGUUAUCUUACAUGGCGUCCCUACGUAACCAUAACGACAUGAACCGGAAAUUGCCGGAGCAUUACUACAACAUCCUGAGGAGAACGCCACGGCUGUGUGACAACGGCAACAACGUGGUUUCUCGACCGGGGAAUAGUGCUGAGCAUGACCACCAGGGUUACACACGGAUGUCUCCUGUCAGUUCGGAGGCUCGGUCCGGGUCUGCCUCGCCCCCUCCGCCCAUUCCUAGACGUCAGCAGCUUUCCCUCAGAGCUUCACACGGGGUCAACAAACGUGCACUACUCUCAGACCCUGUCAUUAAAAUCGACGUCGGACAGAUCUGUCGGUCGCAGCGACGACAAGAUAUUACCAGCUCACAUGACAGUCUCGUGAACAGAAGUGACGUCACGGGGACGACGUUUGAUGACGACAGCGCAACGACAACGUCAGGCAGCUACAGCAUCGACGACUUGUCCGAGUGUGAAAGUCAGGAGGCCCAAACGGCCAGCGUGUGAUGACAGCGUCAGAUUUGUCUGAAAGACUGAUUGGAAUUAGAGUGACGCCAUCAACAUGGCGACCAGUGUCACUUAUUAUAUGGCGAAUAUGCCUAUCCUGAAAUGGAAAAUUGUUAAUCGGUUCUUUGAUGAAACAGACUAACAUCUUGAUCGUUUUGAUGAAAAAGACAUUUUUGCUACAUGCUUGAAGUGCAUGCAGCGUUUGUUUUGUGCCAAAUUUUCCUCAAUUUGUCCUCUGUAUGAGGACUGAGGCAGCAAUGUGUUAUAACAGAGUUAUCCUCCUAUCAUUAUGUACAUGUAUUAUAUAGUCGUCCUCAUUUCAUUACUGUGUUAUAUAGAUUCAUCCUCAUCUCGCUACCGUGUUGUAUAGAUUCUUACUUGGUUCACU